AUGGCCAAUAGCCGGACGCUUUAUUUGUCUUCAAUGUGGUCACUGGAGGACCGAGGGAUCUCAGAACUCCGAGACAGGCUCAAGGCAUUGAAUCCCGGUGCUUCGAUCAAAGUCGAAUAUCUACGUGAUAAACAUAUCUUGGUUGUCACUGGUCAGUUCGAUGAGGAAUUCGAUGUCGAAAUCACAUCACUGCUUGCAACUUAUAUCGAAGAGCAUCGCAACCUUGAUGAUCUAUUUGACAUGCCGAGAGUUCGUCAACUUCCGAUCUCGACCUACUUCGAUCCCAAUCCCUUUCCUGGCUACGGAAACGAUGCGCAGCCAGAGAUGGAAACCCUAGUGGAAGAUAUUAUGCCGACACAACCCACUAGCGAUGGACCCGUUGUCAAGUUCUGGUAUCCCUCGCAGGUGGGAAUGGGUCCCGUCUCUCAUGACUCGGGCCCUCUCCUACUUCGCAUUUCCAAAAUGACGGAAACACAAAUUACAGUGCAAGGAGCCCGAGGGCUCCGUAUCUCUGCACAACACAUGGCCAACAUCGAUGAGGCAAUGGAUAUACUCGACUCCCUUGAAGAAUGCUUGGAUCUCAUUGAGAACCCAAACCGAGGGGUGGGUAUCUUUACUCCAAAACGGGAAAACGCUACCUUUCGCAUCAUGACAUAUGCACAGAUCAGCUCCAUGGCCUUGUGGCGCAUUUUAAUCGACCGAAAUGCGUCUCUUCAUCUCCCAAAAAUAAUGACUCUGGUGGUUUGUGAAUUCGACGAGCUUGCUAACGAAUUUCGUCCACUUCGCAAACUUCGGCAGCCGCCGCAAGUGGCCCUGAAGGAAGCGAGCAUUACUCGAGACUGGGAAGACUAUCAUUUUCCAGAGAUCGGUCCGAGAAACGAUCCCCUUCUAGGGGAGAUUGAUCAGCAUCUCGCGCCUAAAAUUGAGACCUCUCAUGAGAAGAGUGAUAUCCAGCACCCGUAUCUUUCUACUGGAAAGGCAAAAGAUGUCGACUUAUGGAUCUCUCGGGGUGUCACUAAACGGCCUUUGGCAACCGACAGUCAUACAAAAAGAACACUGGAAGAUGAUCCCACCUCCCCUAAGCUUGUUGCUUCCAAGCCUCCACCUGAGUCUAUCUUUCCCGUGCCAAGGGAUCAAAGGCAGUCUGGUCACUUCAAGCCCAAUCCUGCAGGCGUCAAAGCACGCGUGAUUAUGCUACCAGAUGGAACUGUAGCACCCUCUAGCCAGUCUCGACAAGAAAAGCCAAUAGACACCCCUCAUGGCCCAAAUACAUCCUUGUUUGGCCGACUCAGCUAUAGGGAGAGAAAGAGGGAGCAAGACGUAGCCGGUUCGUCUGUCUCGGUCCCUCAACAAAAGAGACUCGUUAGUAUCGUAUGUAGCGUGGCUGACUCCACUGCUCCAGAUGCAGCUUCCAAAUUACCGGAAACAAUGUCCGAGGCAACCGAUCCUGUGGCUUCUACCUACUCUACCUCUACCCAGGAACCAAAGUCAAUUGCCGCCCCUCGUCGCCCAGUUCUAUCCACUCAUCCGGGUGCAGCACUCAAACAGCCGGGAGAAACGAGACAUGCAGCUGAUUUGGCUACCUCUCCCGCUAACCAAGAAGAGAAGCUGACUAGCACUCUGCGACAACAAAUUCGCUCUGGUUCUCCAAGAGUCGAAACGGCCAAGCCUUUCGGCAUACUCAAGGCAGUGAAUUCCCAGGUGAAUACAAAGCCUCAAGGACGAAGUGUUGAUUCGGUGAUGGGGGAGAUAAGGCUAAUGAUUGAGACGGUCAAGACCACGAGGGAAACCGGAAUAGAUGAUGUGUCCAGCAAGCCAAAGAUAAGGGACCAAAAACAGCCACGCACCACAUCCACUGGGCGAGAUCGCACAGAGGAAACAGAGAACCUUAGCCCCCUCAUUGAUCUUGAUUGCGAAGUGAGAACUCUCAAUAGUGGCUUACAACACAUUGUUGCAUUCGAUCCGCCAGCCACAGCCCCAUCAAGCGGUCCAAAGCAGUCUACAGAUGCUCAACAUGACCAAUUCCAGCAUGGCGAGACUUGCACUUUUACUGAAACUGGUGAUAUUCUUGAUAUGCCCAAUAUCGAUGAUACAUCUGUGCAACCUCAGCUAACUCAGAGCAUCUCUCCUUAUCCUGAGCCAACCCAAGAUCCGAUGAUCCUCCGUCCGAAGACUCCAGCCUGUGUUACUAGCGAGCCUACCCAACCAGGGCUCGCUACAUCUGGGCCAUUGCCUGAUUUGGAAGUUGUUGGCUCUUGUCAUGAGAGCGACGUAUUGGACCACGAACAGAAACAGGAACAGUCUCCUGAAUACCGCAGCAAGGCCGAUGAGGUAGCACUGGAAUAUCUACUCCGGCAGAUCAAGGACAAUCCUGCCCCAGAAGUUCCCAGCAUUGAGGAGAUUGCGCUACCUCUUGAUGCUAGCCUUUGUGAUCCUGCAACUCGAGUUCUGUCUUCUAGCUCGCGUGACAGCGCUCCGCGAGGUGGUAUUCAGCAACGUCAACGCCCUGGUCAGGGGAGUGAGAGAGUGCCCUUUCUUCAUCCAGAUCUCAUUGAUAUCUCACCUCGGAUGCUUUCUCCUCGCUUGAGGCGCGUCCCUUUGCAACAAUCCGACUCCAAAGGUGAUGAGCAAGAUGCGGAACCAAAAGACGGCGAAAGGCUGGCUGUCUCAGAGGAAACUCAGACAAGAGAAUUCCACGAGACAAUGUUCCAUCAGCGGCCUCCCGACAAGGCUUUUCAAUGGAUAGAUGGAGUAACCAAGGCAGUGAGAAGGGCAAAAAUUGAGAUCCACACUGCUAAUACCUGGCAGCGAGGGGAAAACAAUGAGGCCAAUGCGGAGAACAAGGAAAAGGUUCAAGCUCCCAUUGCUAAUUUCUGGCAGCGAAGAAUAGAAUUCAAACCAACAGAAGCGCAGCCAGGAAAAAGCACUGCCUUGCCCACAAAGGCGGUUGUGAAAUCAUCAAGAGAAAAGAAGCACAGUUAUGAAUCCACAGAGACUCUGUUUCGCUUCCUUCAACCAAUUCUUGAUGCAGUUCGCAGCUUUCCCGGAACCUUGAGCCUUCAAAUUCAGUUCGGUCUUAUGUUCAUGCCCAGCUUGCCAGCUUCAACCAAAGAGAAGGAGAUGAGCUACAGGGAGGUUCACCAGCUGUUCUUCUCUGAGAAUAACUUGACACCACCUCCAAUCUCAUUAUUCCAGCGCUUGACUUCAUCUCCUGCGGACAUUGAUUACCUCAUUGAUUUGGAAGUCAACCAAUGUCGCUUGUUCGACCAAAAGUACAGCCACCGCGGCGUAAAGUACGAGUUCUGGUGCCGCGAUGGUCCGAACAGAACCAUUGUUAUUUCAGUCAAUGAAUAUGGACAUGCUAUGAUUCGCUAUCCUGAGGUCUCCCUAGGCACGGUGAACUUGAGUUUCCCUUCCCAAGUCUGGGAUGCAGCUGCUAUGGUACAAGGUUUUAUCGAAUACAUUACGGGGGCUGACCCGGAGCUUGACGAAACUGCACGGAUGAUGGCAAAAAGCAUCCGGAUAGAGCCAAACAAUAAACACCUCCGUAUGCUGGUCCGUCUUCCCCUGGCUUCAAAGAUCAGAAUCGAGAAGGUGUUCAUGGAACGGUGGAGCCGUCACCAAUACCGCUCGGGGAAGAGCAAGGACUUGUUUCUCCAAAUCAGUGAAAUCCAAGAACUCCUUGGAACUCCCUCUGUCCUGGAUCCGGGUAUCAUGGUAUUGCAGAACGCCCCGCUUGAGAAAAUGGUCAAGCACGGAAAGCAGUGGUGGGAGGCCUCUAUUGUCAGCAGCAAAGUGGACGAUAUCAUGAAAUCAAAUUCCUUCCUUGAGCCCGGUGACCGCAACGAGUCCUGGUGUGCGACAGAUCUCCUCGGUGCAGAUAUCACGAAUGUCGUUCGCUCUACUGCGAAGCAGGAGCUGAGUACCCUCGGAGCCGAAGUAGGUCAUUCCGGAAUUGGAGCAAUGUUCCAACUUGCCAAAACUGUCGUGCAGAAAAUCGAUGCUGUCGGGUACUGGAACAGAGGUCCUGCCAGUCUUGACCGGCGCACUAAUACGUCGAACGAUCGCAGCCAGGGUGGUACAGGUACGGUUAAGGAGCCGUCCACUUCCUUGGGGAAACAAUUGGUGCCCUGGGCUCCGCCAGCUGGCCUCAAGGAAAAGCACAAGUGGUGA